UGAAUCAACUAGAUACUAGGAGUAGUACUAUUUUUGUAAUCUAAUCCAAUUUCAAUUACUGCACUCGCCAAGUGCUAUCUUCUCGACUUCCCUGCUACAACCAUGUCCAUUUCCACCACCUCCUUCUUCUUCCUCUCACCCCCACUACUCCCUCCUCUUUCCACCUUCACACAACCCUCCUUCUUCCCUGCUUCAAAAUUCAAACCUCUCUCCCUCCAAACCACCCCACGCCGCAACCCAUUCCUAACCCGCGCCGACGACGGCGACAUCGAUUCCUCCGGCACCGACGUCUACGAGAUAGACGACGACGAAAUGGAUGAAGUCGACAACAAGAAGGACUUCGACAUCGAGUACGACACGCUGGCUUCCGGCGACGGUGACAUUGCGGUAGCGCAGAGCAUGAGCUUCGUGUCUACGCAGGGUUGGGACCCGGAUACUCUUGUUGAUUACAGAAUCAAUGAAGAUGAGUUUCAUAAGAUUAGUUUGUUGGAUUGUGAUUUCUUCAUUAGGAAACCACCUGACCCUGAUAAUGAUGUCUAUGAUUUCAGAGAGAUGUAUGUUACUCCUCCAGAUACAGAUGUGUAUUCAAUCCCCAAGGUUCUUGCACCAAUGCCUCAGAAGUAUAUUAGAUGCGCUCUAAGUGAUUUUGGAGUCGACAAUGUUACAGAACCACCUGUUGAUGCACGUCGAGAUCCUCUUUAUAAAUAUGAGAGGGAAAUCGAGAAGGUAUUCUUGACAAAAUACUACAAAAAUCGGAGGCUGGGAGACCCUGAGUUUGUCCUAGAUUUUGAGGAGAUUUAUGUUAUUGAUUCCAAAACUAAGUCAAUAACCAGAGCCAAAGUUCUGGUAACAGCUCCAGGAGGGAGAACUAGAGAUAGAAAGAGCGACUUGCUUGUUAUAGCUGAUAAGGGCAACUCCUUCAAAAUAAUACACGCGAGUGAAAAAGAUGAUCCAACAACUGUCAUAGAAAGACGAGAGUGGGUUCAAUCCAGAGAAGAAAUGGAGAGACAUCUGAGAAAGUUAAGAGACUUCAGCACCUCAAAUUGGUUUUAAUUGAUAAACUAUUUAUUCAAACACUAUAUAGGUAGCUCGAUCUAACAUGUCAUAGCAAUUAGAUUCAACCUUCCAUUUUUGACAUUAUGUACAAGUUUCUGGAUCUUGUGUGUAUUAUGCUGUAAUUUGUUAGAGAUGCAGCUUAUUGAAAUCCAAUGAUCUAUAUUGGCGUGGUUGUUUAAUCACAACUUUAUA